CUCUUAUCUUGGGUUGAAUGGUGCUAUACCAAAUGCUUUGGCUAAUCUGAAGGCCCUUAACUAUUUGUAAGUUUCUAAAUUUAUUGUCAGAGGCUGCUGGCUAGCAACAUCAUGCAGACAACUUGAGAACAACUUGUAGAUGUUGCAUGAAAUUGACUUGUUACCCUUUUACAUGUGUAUUUUAUUCACUUCUAAUCUCCUUUUUCUAACUCCAUAAACAAAAGGCUUUUGUUUUUUCAUGUUAGUUGCCAAAAUUAGGAAUGCAGAUGGACCAGUUUACAAACCAAAGCAUUAGCUUGGGGUUUUCUUUAACCACAUCCUAUAUCAUCCAAACUGAACUAAACCAAAACACUAUUGUUGUGUUUUGCUUCUAAUAUGGCUUUACUCAUGAAAAUCUGGUUUCAAAGGACCAAAGUUAUAGAGAUCAACAUGUAGCUACUUUUUUUUUUAAUAAAAUUUCUUAUGAAAACAUAUCUAUAACUAAUGUAAUCCAUGUAUUUUGUCUCAGGGACUUGUCAAACAAUGAUUUAACAGGCCCAAUACCGCCCUCUUUAGAAGAAUUGACGUCACUCAAUGUGCUGUAAGAAGAGAUUUUUCUCUCUUACACAAUUCACUUGGUGCAUGCUUUUUCAAUAUCGGAAACUUCGACUUUGUCAUGUGCAUGCUUCAGGACUUCUUUCUCCACAUAUUAUAUGCUAAUGGAUGAGCAAUAUCAAACUUUUUGCAGAAUUUUGUCAAAUAACCGACUCAAUGGGCUUAUUCCAGCUUCUUUAUGUGAUGGACAAUCAAAAGGAUUGCUUGAGUUGAGGUUUGUGCUGUAGUCUAACAUCCCAAAUAUUCCCACAAUUCCUUCUACCUAAUACUAAUAUCUUAUGAACUUUAUGUUCUGCAAAGAGUGGACAACAAUCCGGAUAUAUGUCUCUGUCAUAGUACAUGUCAAAUUGGCAGCGAAGGAAGGAAGCUUGUUACAGUCACCAUUGUGCUGAUCUCUGUCGUCCCAGCGCUGAUUAUACUGCUGCUCCUAUCAUUGCUUUUAUUCUUCUUGAGGAGAAGAAAAUCUACAACAAAAUUAUCACCGCCAAUUCAAGACGCGCUUGCUAUACCCGAAACCCAUAGAUAUUUACAUAUGAUGAAUCGAAGGCCAUCACCAACAAUUUUGAUCUUGUACUUGGAAAGGGGGGGUUUGGGAAUGUUUACCAUGGUUGAUUGCAUGAUGGCACUCAAGCUGCAGUAAAACUUUUGCACUCACAUCGGAUGGUCAAAGGGACAUCAUCUGAGGAGUCCAUGUCUGCAAAUUCUGGCUCCAGAUCACAUGGGAUGAAAGAGUUUCAAGCCGAGGCUCUUCUCUUAUCGAGGGUCCAUCACUGGAACUUAGUGUCUUUGAUCGGGUACUGUAGAGACAGCAACCAACUUGGACUUGUUUAUGAAUAUGCUGCUCGUGGAAGUCUUAGAGAUCAUCUUUCAGAUAAAACUGGAAAUAGUCAAACAUUGAGUUGGAGAGAACGAAUUCGGAUAGCAGUGGAAGCCGCACAAGGUCUGGAGUAUCUACACAACGGAUGUGUGCCACCUAUAAUCCAUAGAGAUGUGAAGACUAACAAUAUCCUCUUAACUAACAUAUGACUUUGAGGCAAAGGUAGCAGAUUUUGGGCUGUCAAAGCCUUUCCUGACCGAUGCCCAGACUCACGUAUCUACUGAUGUUGUGGCUGGCACUCCAGGAUACAUAGAUCCCGAGUAUGUUUUCUACUUCACAGAAGUUUGCCAGAUAAUAAUAUUUGCAGUGUGAAUUGCUCAGGAUUUCCUUGAUUGCCCCUCUACUGACAAGUCGGUUUAAUUUGUUUUAUAGAGAAUCUAAGAAUUCCUUUGGCAACUAAAUGAAAAAGAGAAUGAUGUAGAAUCACAAUGAGAAGAAUUCGCAAAAAAAUGUUCUUUUUCCAAAUGUGAUGCAGAUUUCUUUCUCAGCUAACUUUACAAGAGGAGAGGAGAAUCACGAACAAUUGUUGGACCUUUCUGGGAUGGUUAUUUUUGCCCCUUUUACAUCUAUAAAAUAUUCAUAGGAAUCAUGUUAAAUUAAUGUAUGAGUCAAGUCAAAACAAUAUUCAAUCUUCUUAGUUUCUUCUCCAAAAGUAUCAUACUAGUUACCAAGUACUACAUUGAUACAUUUCUUUUCUCAGGUACUCUGCUACCUUCCAGCUGACUGAAAAAAGUGAUGUAUAUUAGUUGUUCUGGAACUGGUUACAGGCCUAUCAGCUGUGUUGGAGCAUCAAAAAAGGUGUCACUUAGUCGAAUGGAUACGAUCUGUUAGGAUCGAAUCGAUACUAACUGGGGCUGAAUUAGUGCUUGUGAAAAAAUGAAAAAACGACGUUGAUUUUAAAAAAAACUGUUUCAAUGAAAUUGUAUCAGAAAUGAUAUCGAAAGUGUAUUUGGCUUUGAGCAAAUGUGAUAAGUAAUUAAAACAAUAGUAA